AUGCUGUACAUGAACUGCGUUUGUGUGUUAAAGGGUUGUUUCAAGGAAAUCAACAACAAUCUUUUACACGUGCUCAUAGUAAAUAAUAAACCAUGUGUUCUCACGAUGUUUUACUACGAGAAGAGAAAUCCAUUCCUGAUAAUGAAGCUUAAGGCUCUAAUGAAGAAGCAUAUGGCAAUCAGCAACGCAGUACAAAUGCUAAAUAUGACCUUGAGUGUGCAAUUUCUUGCUUCGAUAGUCAUAACCUUUUUUGAUGUUAGUCUUAACACGUAUUUCUAUCUAGUACAAUGGCAUGGUGAAUUGGUCUUCAAUUUGGAUAAACAAGUUGGCGAUAUAUACUUAUUAUUUAUAUUAUAUUAUAUUAUAAAAAUGGCAUUUAUUGUGUGGGCAUGCGAAACCGGCAAGAAUCAGGCUCAAGAGAUUCACACUACCAUUCACUAUGUACUUAACAGCAUCAGGGAUGAGAAAAUGAAAAAUGAGUUGCAGUUAUUUUCCUUACAAACACUACACUGCAAAAUUACAUUUUCCGCCAUAGGUUUCAAUGUGGAUGCAACAUUUCUCGCGACGAUGGUGGGUACCAUUGCCACAUAUAUGCUAAUAUCGGUACAAUUCCUGGUUAUAUCACAUUCUUGCGAUGAAAAAUCUGCAAUCAAUAGUACAUGA